AUGGACUAUCAGAAUAGAGUGGGUUCCAAGAAGGGUUCCGGAGGGCUUGCAUCCGCUGAGGAUACUGAUAAACAUAGGAAAGAAAGACUACGUCAACUUUUGAGAAGUAACAUUAAUAUCGAAAGUGACCCGUACGUGGUGAGAACUAGGACUGGUCAAUACGACUGCAAAUUGUGCCUAACAACUCAUGUCAAUGAAAGCUCAUAUAUCUCACACACCCAAGGGAAAAGACAUCAGUUGUCGUUGAUGAGACGGGAGGCAGAAGUAAGCAAAAAUGAAAACCGAACUGACGGAGGUAACAUAGGAAACGGAAUGGGAAUAUCAAGUAUCCCCAAGAGAAAGUAUGUCAAGAUCGGUAAACCUGGAUAUAAGGUGAAGAAGACACGCGAUGCAGAUGAACAUCUUGGAUUAUCGCUAGAAAUCGCAAUGAAAGAGUUCAACAGGGUAAAGCCAAUGUAUACAAUAAUGAGCAAAAUGGAAACAACUACGACCCCCGUUAAGGGGCAAUGUAUUGUUAUUUCGGGAGAACCUUACGAGAACAUCGGUUUUGAUAUUCCAGUUGAGUUAGAUGGAUUCAACUUGGGCGAGACGUGGGACUACUGGGACCAAGAUUCUAAAUUAUAUUAUGUUCAACUAACUUAUGACCGGACAUCGUAA